UUUCGAACGAGAGCCAAAAUGUCACUCAGAAUCGCCUGUCGAAAACUGCUUGAUAAUGUAGUCAGGAAAAAUCAAUUGUCACAAGUAAGGUGUAUACAGUACUAUGACCCAGAUAACAAGAAGCCAGUUGAAAGUGUCAAUCCAGAGGAGACUACCGAUUAUGAGGUGUCAAAAGAGGAGUGGAAGUAUGUUGAUAGACUCUUACCUUUGAAGACCCUUCCAGAACCUCCUAAAUAUAGCAGCUACCCAACCCCAUCAGGAUGGAUUCCUCAAAAGGAUGAGAACAUAGGCUUACCUUACAGUGUGAGACGUAGCAGGUUUCACAUGCUACCAGUCUAUCUAGAGGAGAAAUCUGGAGGCACUAGGAAAAUAACAAUAGUUAAAAAAGUUGAAGGAGAUAUAUGGGCAUUUGAAGCUGAUAUUCGAAAGCAUCUUGAAGAACUAACAAGUAGAAAAGUAACAACACAAGUCCAUGAAAUAACUAGAUUUCUGAGAAUAAAAGGGAUUUACCUUAAAGAAGUUAGCGACUUUUUAAUAAGUAAAGGAUUUUGAUAAAAUUCAUAAUGAGACAGAGGAAAUACAAUAUCUAAGAGAUAUAUUUUAGACAUGCUGGACUGAAUUACAUGUCUAGAAGUACAAGUACAUGUAGUGUACUAAGUGUAGGUGUCCGAAAGACUUUCUCCAAAUACAUCCAGUCAGUAAGGCCAUUCAAAUUCUAAUAUCUGUUUAACUGCCUCCAUCUGAGAAUGAAAUAAAAUAUCUAUCCAAACCUUGUUGGAUCAAAAUGGCAUAUACAACAUUUUUUAAGAUCUCUCAGUAUCAUAGUUAUAGAAUGGAAAGUUUGGUUCAUCUUAAAGAAUGUAUCCAAAAAUAAAAAAAAGUAGAUAAGAAUUAAAGUAUACCUUUUAUUUCAUUAACAACAUACAUGAACCAAACUUUCCUUUGUACUGGUACUAUUACAAUAUUGAGAGACC